AGCUCGUACAAAUCGGACUGAGAGCAAAAGAUCACUUCAACAAUGGGAUGCGAAUGUUGCGGCCCAUCGGCAUCUACCACCGAGCCUCAUGUUUUGCCAAUUUCUCAAAGUAGGGAGAUGAGCAGUUGCCAGGACACUUGCUGCGAUAGCGACGGCGCUGAGCCUCUCAACACCACGGCGCCGGGUCAGGGAGAACCCACCCUGGAGAACCUAGAUGAUGGCUGCCCCGCGGGUGAGCUCAUGGACAAUGAACUCAAUGAUACGAACACGCCUGACUGUUGCCGUGGCAAAGCCGACCCAUGCUGCGACACGUCUUGCCUUGACCGCUUAGCUUUGCGGGAAUGCGAGAUGAGUGCCGGGGCAGUCCACGACACCAACAGUCAACCAACCACUUGCGGUAGAGCUGCCGACCCCAAGGCAUGCAGCCAGCAUAGUCUCUCUGUCCUCGACCGCUAUGGCGCUACUCUACAAGCUCUGGGAUGUAUCUGCCGCACGAUCAUCGCUCUUGGCCAGGAAAGUUGCUGUGAAUUGCGCGAGCGCUAUUCCCUGGAUGGGAAUCAGUGCUCCAAAAAGUCAUCUGUUCACUCCCUUCGCAGUUCACUGGAUUCCUACAUUAGUAACGACUCCGUCACUAAGGACCGGGCGGCUCAGAAGCGUCUUCGCCUGCGAAGGGACGCUGUUAAAAGCGCCAGGUCUAUCAAGAAGCCGUCCGCGGAUUCUCAUGUUGUCUCUUCUUGUUCGAAGGACAAGCCCAUUAAAGAGCCGCCCUUCAAAAGUAAGUGCUCGAAGCUGUGCUGUUCUGGAGGCAAACUUGGCAAGGAACCUCGGCCGAAGAUGCUCCUCUUCUUACCGCUCUGAAGACCCGCCCGCUACAUCUCCAUCCGACGAGGACAACUUUGCCAAAUGUUGCUACUCCGGAAAGUCCGAGAAGCAGCCUGCUGCCCAGACUGGGAGCCUUGAUUCUCGCUGCUCGGAGACUUCCCAUGUCAGAGAAUCGCCUUUCAAGGCCGGCUGUCUCGGAUCUUGUUGCCCCAGAGAACAGAGUGUCAAAGACGCCAAGAGCACUUAUGGGGAUUCGUGCUGUUCAAAGGUCAACCCCGUUGUUGAGCCCCCUACUGGUGGGUCUGCUGGAUCUUGUUGCAGAGCAGCUAAGAAUCCGAUCAUCCAAAAGCCGCCCAAAGGUGCCUUCUCUGGCUCUUGCUGCAAUUCACCGACGCAUGGUAUCGUGAAGACUCCAAAGAUCAACUCCGCGGACUCUUGCUGUGCGGAAGGAC